AUGGUCAUUCCCAACUCCUCACCUCAAUCUAGAGUUCCUCUGGAACGCGACAACUGCGGGAAUCCUCGUUUUCACGGUUGUUUGAGUAUUCGGGAGUUUGAUUUUCUGGGGAAACUGGGAGAAGGCACAUUCGGAGAGGUGUACAAAGCACGCUCCAAAAAAUCCGGCGCCAUAGUUGCCCUGAAAAAGAUAUUAAUGCAUAAUGAGAAGGAUGGGUUUCCCAUAACAGCGUUGCGAGAAAUCAAACUUCUGAAGAUGCUGUCUCAUCCUAAUAUUCUUCGGCUUCAGGAAAUGGCUGUCGAACGCCCUCGAGGGGAGGGAAGGAAAAAGCCUAGCAUGUACAUGGUCACUCCAUAUAUGGAACACGACCUUUCCGGCCUGUUAGAAAACCCCAGCGUCCACUUCACCGAGCCCCAGAUCAAGUGCUAUAUGCUACAGCUCCUUGAAGGUUUACGGUAUUUACAUGAAAAUAAAAUCCUGCAUCGUGAUAUGAAAGCGGCGAAUCUCCUUAUCAACAAUAAAGGGAUCCUCCAAAUUGCAGACUUCGGCCUUGCUAGGCCAUACGAUGAACCUCCUCCACAGCCAGGCAAAGGAGGCGGAGAAGCUAUGAGAGAUUACACAACGUUAGUUGUAACUCGAUGGUAUAGACCACCGGAACUUCUACUUCAGCUUCGGAAGUAUACUACGGCAAUUGAUAUGUGGGGUGUUGGCUGUGUUUUUGGUGAAAUGUUUAAGGGGAAGCCAAUCCUUGCAGGUAGCAGUGACAUAAAUCAGGCUCAUCUCAUCUUUAGUCUUGUCGGUUCCCCAACGGAAGAAAAUAUGCCGGGUUGGAGUUCAUUACCUGGUUGUGAUGGUGUGAAAUCCUUCGGCAACAAACACGGCACUCUUGCCACUGUUUUCAAAGAACAAGGACCGGGAGUUAUCUCUCUUCUAAACGAGCUUCUUAAACUAGAUUGGCGAAAAAGGAUCAAUGCAAUCGACGCUCUUCAGCAUCCCUUCUUUCGCAAUCCUCCAUUACCAGCCCGUCCUGGCGAAAUACCCGUGUUUGAAGACUCUCACGAGUUAGACAGGCGGAAAUUUCGUGGGCAAAAAGCUGCAUUACCUCCUGCACCCGCUGGAGGGUCAGUUGGGAUGGGACCCAAUGGUGAAUGGUCCUCGGGAUCAGGACCUAGACAGGCCUCCGAUCAAAAAUCUAGUCGAAUACCCGGCGCAGCCCGUGGCCCUCCUGCAAAUGGGGUUUCUGGGGCUAGUCGGCGACCCUUUGACAGUCGCGUCAAUGACGUCGCACAGGGCCACAAAAGACAGGUGUCAGAUGAACCUCGUGGACACCUCCAAGCUUGGCAAAGGGAUUCAACGCUACCUCCCAAACCACCUGUGGCUUCACAUCAACCAUGGGCCGGCGGGCAAGGGUGGCGCGGAGACAGUCGUCCCGAAUCCAGACGAGACGGCCAUCUACCUCGCAGGGAAGGUGGCUUGGACUCGUAUGUUCCAGAUUACAAUGGGCAUUCUGACCGCGGCAGGGGCCGCGAUGAUGGACGAAGAGAUACUGUGGAAAUGCGAGAUUAUGUUCGGGAUCGUUCGAGGAGGCGAAGUCGUAGUCAGGAAUUUCGCGAUAGGACCCGGUAA